AUGAACGACUUCAAAACCAGCAGAGAAUUGCUGCUAGAAGGGAAGAUUCUGAGUUUAGGGAGGAGGAGAGGGUGGAGGACCACCACAGGAAAGCUGCCGGGAGGGACCAUUCUAUGUCAGCAUCAUCGAAAAGAGAGAUCAGAGACAACACCUCUCUGGAUGGAACCCCUCGCCCACCUGCAACGGGAGGGUCACCCAGGGAGCGGCGGUUCUGUCACAAAUAGGAAAACCCCUUUUCAGUAUCUGGAAUUCUGGAUGCAGUCAAUUUUCAACUACACCAAGGAAAACUGCUCACAAAAGGAAUUGAAGCAGAAUUCCCCGCCAAUAUUCAUAGUUGGUACACACAGAAACAGUGUUGGUGAGAAGGGUAUUUCAGAAAAUCAACGUAAAGCAUUGAUAAAGGAAAUAUUUGACCGGAUUCGAGAUGGGAUCAAGGACAAGCCGUACUACACACAUGUGGUUUCUAAAUUCUACGCAAUAGAGAACUCUGUAAAAGACAACAAAAAGAUUCAAGAACUACGCAAGCACAUAGAGGACGUAGCAGUAGAAGAGCCUUACAUGGGAGAGAGGAUCCCUUUGAACUGGAUGACGUUUGAUGAUGAGAAGGGAAAGUUAAGUGGUGGAAAACCUGUUAUGACGCUAAAGCAGGUAAUGGAUGGCUUUGGGAUUGAAGAUGAAACUGAACUGCUGACGAUGCUAAAAUUCUAUCACGAUCUUGGCCACAUAAUAUACUUUGGAGGGGAUGGUGCUCAGGAAAGUCAGGCGCUAAAAGAUGUUGUUAUUCUGGAUCCGAAUUGGCUGAUCGAUUCCUUCAAGAAGAUCCUCACUGUUAAACCUCCCAAAGAACAGACUGUAAAGUAUCGCAAAUUUUGGGAUCGACUGAACGACAAUGGUAUAUUGGAGGAUUUGCUUAUCGACCACAUGUGGCAAGACAUCCUUGAGCACAAACAAGCCCUGCUGGAUCUGAUGGACAAGUUUGACCUUCUCUGUAAGCGUUUUGAUGAGCCUCGGGAGGAAGAGAAAAGUAGCACUGCUUCAGCCACGGCCACACAGCCUCGUCCCACAAAUGCAUCUUACUAUGUGCCUUCAAUGUUGCGGCAGCAGACAUCACGUUCACUCCAACUGGAGACAACCGAGAAUAACUCAAACGUGUUCUAUGUGGACUUCAAAGAAUUCCUCCCUGAUGGAUUGUUCCAUCGGUUGGUUGUGCGAGCUUUGCGAUGGUCUCAAGAUUUGGGUGGAGCAAAAUCAGCGAAUCCCCUUCUGCUCUGUGAUCAAGCAAAUGUCUAUGUAGAUGACCAUCAUAAGUUUGCCCUGCAAAUGGUGCACCAAUCAAAUCUUGCAUACAUCAAAGUGAGUGUCAUGAGAGUGGAAGUUUAUCCACCUCCACGACAUGUCAAAGCACCUUCAGGUGAUGUCACAUGCAAGGUUAAAGACUUUGUGGAAGAGCAUCUGCAGGACUUGAAAACCAUGUGGAUCAAGCGAAUAAACUACUGCAUUAGUGUGCAGUGUCCUGAUAAGAAGGUUUUCCACUUUCUACCACUGAAUGAAUGCAUGGCAAAGCCAGAAGUUGUCUGCCACUUUGAGAAAUCUCAUGUAGUCAUCAAAACGGAUGAAAUCCAAGCCAUGUUCAAGGAGGAAAGCUCCGAGGAAGAAGCUUCCGCUCCCGAGGACAAGCAACCGUUUAACGACAUCCACCUGAGAGAGAUAGCCAAAGAGCUCGGCCAAAACUGGGAGAAAUUAGCCACUUACCUGCAUUUCACACAAGACGACACGUACAAGUUUGUGACAAACUCGCAAACUGGUGUCGAUGGUGCGAUUUUCAACAUGUUUACAACAUGGAAGCAGAGGUUCAAGGGAGGAGAAGUGGAGCAGAUGAAAACAGAGAUGGCGAAGGCACUUGAAUUGAUUGAUAACUAUGUACUGGCUGAGAAGGUGCGGAUAUACUAAGACAACAACCAUGCCUACAUUUGUAGCAG